AUGUCGAAACCUACACAACUCACGCCAUUCGGGUCCGCGUUGGCCGGAGCGUUGGGAGCAUGCUUCAGUAACGCCGUUGUGUACCCUCUUGAUAUCGUGAAGACGCGGAUACAGGCAAGCACAGGUGAUUCCGGAGAAAAGCUGAGCGUGCUCGCUGUGCUCGAGAGCAUACUCCGGGAGGAGGGCCUGUUCGGGUACUACAGGGGGUUCCUAGCCACCAUGCUCAACACCUUCUCCAUGCAAUACGCGUACUUCUUCUUCUACUCGUUCAUCCGCACGUCGUAUAUAAAGCGUCUCGCCGUCAAACGCCCAGCAGGCGUGUCAGCCCCACCACUAAGCACGGCGGCAGAGCUCGCCCUGGGUGCGGUCGCAGGCGCGCUCGCGCAGGUCUUCACCAUCCCCGUCGCCGUUAUCGCGACCCGGCAGCAGGUCGGGCGCGCUCCCGACCGCCCCAAAGCAAAGGGCAAGGGCAAGGCGCCGGCGAAGGAGGGCGAUCUUGAGGCGAACGCUGACGAGGAGGAGGAGGAGGAGGAGUACGACGACUCGUUCCUGGGGGUCGCGCGCGAGAUCGUCGCGGAGGAGGGCGUGACGGGCCUAUGGCUCGGACUGAAGCCCGGGCUGGUGCUCACCGUGAACCCGGCGAUCACGUACGGGAUGUUCGAGCGCGUGAAGAGCUUGCUGCUCCUCGCCAAGGGCGAGACGAACAUGAACGCGAAGCUCAGCCCGUGGAUGUCGUUCACCGUCGGGGCGAUCAGCAAGGCUCUGGCUACUGUGGUCACCUAUCCGUAUAUCAUGGCGAAGGUGCGCAUCCAGGCGCGUUCCGCUGAUAUCGAGGAAGCGGAAGAGGAGCAUCUCCCCCUUCCGAAGCACAACAAGCCCCAUCACAAGGGCGGCCACCACGUCGGUGCGCUGACGGUGCUCGCCCGCGUAUGGCGGCGGAAGGGCUUCGUCGGUUGGUACCAGGGGAUGAGUGCGCAGCUGGUCAAGGCGGUUUUGACGCAGGCCCUGCUGUUCAUGUCCAAGGACCAGUUUGAGCACUACGCCUUGGCCAUCAUGAUGCUUUUCUACCGUCUCCAGGGCGUUAAGCCGUAGAGGGGUGGCGGGGCGCCAUAUGUUGUAUCUUGCACAUAGAAUACUUAUCAAUUCAUUGCAAUGGUUCCUCAGUUCCAGUAUGCUCAUGUGAGUUGCUGAUAUGCCUCACUCUCAACAAUGUUAUAUUUCC